AGAAAAUAUAAAAUCCACGUAAAUAUUAAAGGGAAAAAUAUAGCAAAAUUAAAGAAUAUUGAGUAAUUAAGCCGAAAUUGGAUAGAACUGUCAUGUGAAAUCAAUCCUAGAUUAUCAACUUACGAAAGUCUCUUGGAGAUAGCACGGAAUUUAACCAUUUGAUAAUAGAAAAUCAUCAAAAAAAAUCUUUCAAAAUUAAUAUAUUUUUCAUCAGCAUUUCAAAUCUAUUAUCAGGAGUAAUCAUGAGAUAUUCUUUGGUAUUCUUGGCGUCUGCUGUUCUUUCCGGAGCAGUUAUAGCCAAUGCUGUGAUCCAGAAGAAACAAUUUUAUCCUUCUGUAGUAUACAUUUCAAAAAGUAAUCCAAGUAUGGCAGUCAUCUAUUUUCAAUCGUUGAUUUUAGUUUUAAUGCUGGGAAAAUUAAUGAGAAAAAUUUUCCUGGGAACUCUGAGAGCUGCUGAAUUCGAGCAUUUAAUGGAGCGAUUUUGGUAUGCGCUCACAGAAACAUGUUUAGCUUUUACAGUCUUUAGAGAUGAUUUCAAUCCAAAGUUUAUUGCCCUAUUCACUGUUUUACUAUUUCUCAAGUCAUUUCAUUGGCUUGCGGAAGAUAGAGUUGACUAUAUGGAACGUAGCCCUGUGAUAGGCUGGAUUUUUCAUUUGAGAGUUGCUGGCCUUUUGAGUGUAUUGGGAAUUUUGGACUAUAUGCUAAUUUUGUAUGCUUAUCAAUCAACUUUGGCAAAAGGUGCAACAGUACAACUAGUUUUUGGUUUUGAAUAUGCAAUACUUAUUACGAUGGUUGCGAAUACAAUGAUCAAAUAUGUACUACAUGCUGCUGAAUUGCGAUCCGAAUCGCCUUGGGAAAAUAAAGCAGUCUUCUUGCUGUACACUGAACUCGUCGUUGGACUCAUUCGAGUCAUCCUUUACAUUGUGUUUGUAUUCCUAAUGGUUAAGAUAUAUACUUUACCGUUGUUUGCAUUCAGACCAAUGUACUACACAAUCAGAAAUUUCAAAAAAGCAUUAAAUGACGUGAUUCUUUCACGACGUGCUAUUCACAACAUGAAUACACUUUAUCCAGAUGCAACUUCUGAGGAAUUGGCAUUGUCUGACAACAUUUGCAUCAUUUGUCGUGAGGAUAUGGUUAACAGUUCGAAGAAAUUGCCCUGUGGUCAUAUUUUUCACACUGUGUGCUUAAGAUCUUGGUUCCAACGUCAACAAACGUGUCCAACAUGUCGUUUGAAUAUCUUGCGCACUCCCAUUACCUCUACACAGCCUGUUCAAGCUGUUAAUAAUGCAAAUAAUAAUACUAGAGCAGAACAACAGCAAAAUCAGGCACAGCAACCACAACAGCCGAUAAUUGCUCCAAAUCCUUUCCUUAAUUUUAUGAAUCAAGCUGCAAUGAACAACAAUAAUCAGCCACAAUCAUCUUCAGGAAUUCCUCAUUCACCUUUUAUUCCAUCAACUUCAGCAGGACCUAAUAUUCCUAUGCCACCACCAUUUUUCCUUCCGCCUUUUAUGGCACCUUAUACAAUUCCACCUCCCCCAAUGCCACAAAACUUGGAUCAAUUGACAAUCGACGAGUUAAGAGCAAUGGAAGGAAAUGAACGUGGUCAUGUUGAGGAAAGACUUAAAUUACUAAAAAAUAUUAAUACAAUGAUAAACGCAUCAAUCACCCUAAUGAAUCAGUAUCAAAUGGUCAUAACAAAUCUUCCACCAGUUCCAACAACAACAACAACAACAUCUAGCACUGAAUUGCCUACAAAGAGUGAGAAAGAAGCAUCUCCGUCAACGACUAAUAAUAAGACAGAGGAUAAGGAAAAGAUUGACAUCACUAAAGUUAAAGUAGAAGAUUUGGGAAGUGAGCUACAUCUUGAUCAACCAAAAACAAUGUCAUCUAUAGAUUCGGAUAGUAGUCCAUCAACAUCUUCAAUAAUAAUAGAUAGUCCAUCGUCGUCAUCUGCAACAUUUAUUGCGAAUGAGACAUCCAACAAUACAAAUGGCGAACCAGAUGAAACAAAUGAAAUUAGAAAGCGUCGAUUACAGAAAUUUUUACCCAAUUAAACUUUUUUAUCAAGCAACUACAUAUAAAUUAGUAAAUUUAUUAAAAAAUUGAUGAUCGUGUGCUAUCUAUUCAAAAAUUCUAUGAAAGACAUGAAUGGAUAGUGACCGACAACAAAACAGAUUGAUGUGUAAUUAAUGGCAAAGAUUUAUACCUAUCUAAAGUGAAAUUGCUU